GACAACGUGGUCCGAAUAGAAAGUCAGAACGAACACCAUCACCAACAUUGUUCUUAUUCGUAACCCCCCAAUCCCCACUCUUUCUCUCUCUCUCUCUCUCCCAUUGGUUCCACAAAAUGAACGACACAAUCUCUUCUCUCCCCACACCCUUGUUGUCUCUUCUUCACUUUCUUCACGCCAGAGGCAGGUCCUCCUCCUCUUCUUGCGUCCACUCUCCCUCUCAGCUUCUCAGGGACUUCGCCACGCGAGAGCUCAAUGCUUUUCUCUGGCUCUCUCUCGUUGCUGCCACCACCCUUUUGCUCAAGAGAUUCUUCACCAUCUUUGGCUUGUGGCACAGGGCCAAAACCAUUCCCGGGCCUCCCUCUCCCUCUUUCUUCGGCCACCGCAACCUCUUUUCCCGCCAAAAUUCCACCUUUACUGAUGUGUUGUCAGAAUCUCAUCAAAAGUAUGGACCUAUUGUUAAGCUUUGGUUAGGUCCUACUAAGCUUUUGGUCUCAGUUAGGGAUCCAGCACUAAUUCAACAGAUGCUUAUAAAGGCUGAGGAUAAGUUGCCUUUUACUGGAAAAGUGUUUCAUCUUGCCUUUGGGCAAUCAAGUCUCUUUGCCCCGUCCUUUGAAAAGGUGCAAAAGAGAAGGGAGUUAUUGGCAAAUGAAUUAAAUGAAAGAUUGUUGAAGAAUGAUGAUCUGAUUCCUAUGAAAGUUGCAGACUUCAUCACAGAUAAAAUAGAAAACAUCAGAACCAAAGGAGGUAUUGAUUCUAGAUUGGUUUCUCAGCAUUUGGCUUUCACAAUAAUGGGAGCUACGUUCUUUGGAGAUGGUUUCUUAGCCUCACCAAAGGCUGCAAUAUAUGAGGAACUGUUUAUGAUGAUUGCUAAAGAUGCUUGCUUUUGGGCCUCCUUUAAUGUUACUCCUUUUUGGAGACUUGGAUUUUGGAGGUAUCAAAGCUUAUGCAGAAAAUUAAAAUGCUUAACUGAAGAUAUCCUUCAACAUUGCAGAAAAGGUUGCAAAUUAUUUGGCCAUACUGACCAAGAUGUACAUAAUGAAAGUUCCAACAAAGAAAUGAAGUCAGCACAUGGUGCACAAUGUUGUUCUGAUGAUGGGUUUCAAGAUUACUAUUUCUUUCGUGACCUUAAGGAUCAUCAAAAUGGUAAAGAAGAACCUAGUGGAAACGUCUUGCGUAUGGUGUUUCAUGGAUGUCAAACUACAUCUGCUUUAAUCACCAAUGUAUUGACUAGGCUUGUCAUUCAUCUGGAAAUACAGGAUAAGGUUUAUUCGGAGAUUAGCAUGGUAGGAAGAAACCCGUCAAAAUAUGAGCAUGAAGAUGUUUAUAGGAUGCCUUUGUUAUUGGCUACAAUUUACGAGUCAGCACGCCUUCUUCCCACUGGUCCCAUGCUGCAGAGGUGUUCUUUGAAACAUGACUUGAGCUUUGCAACUGGUGUAACCAUACCUGCUGGAGCUGUACUCGUUGCACCCGUCGAAUUGAUACAGAAGGAUGACUCCAGUUGGGGGAGUGAUGCAAGUGAUUUUAAUCCUUACCGAUUUCUCUCCACUGGUACAAAGGGAUCAGGUUCUGCUGAAGAAGAACUUGAAGACUUCUCCAGUGCAGGUUUUGUACUGAAUGAUCCAAAUGAAAAUGCUGCAUUUCUUCCUUUUGGAUCUGGUACACGUGCUUGCAUUGGACAGAAAUAUAUCAUCCAACUUGUUGCCUCAUUGUUGGCAUCAUUACUAAAAAAAUAUAAGAUACGGCUUAACACAGAAUCAGAUAAUGACUCAAACACAACCUUGAAGAAUAAUCUUCUUCGGCAUCAUCUCAAUUCACAUAUAUUAUUUGUGAGAAGGGAUCAGUGAAGGAGAAACACAAGCAUACUAUGUAGAUAAAGUUGGUGUUGUAAUCUAAGUCGGUGACACCGAUAAAUGUGGACCUUUUCACUUUUUCCAAAAUGACUGGGGAAGCUCUCCCUUGGCUCAUUAUGAUCAUCUGGGAGGAUGUAACCUGAGUUCCUUAGCUCAAGUUUUUUUUCUCCCAGUUUUUCAACAUUUGCCCUAGUGUUGGCUUCAGGCCCUGACACAUCUUUUUGUUGGUGUUUUAAGCACUUUGGGUCAAUUGUUGCUUUUGGAGCCUUGGGUUUUCCUUCCCCUUCUUUGGAUGUGAAGCUUUCUUUUCUGAUGCUACCAACUUUUUCACUUCUGAAGGAAGUUUGUUCUUGUACCACCAUGAUGUUGUUAGAAUAAAAUAUACUUGGAUAUUUAGUAUCUCUUAACUAUCGAAACUUAUGUGGAUCAUCUGUUAUAUAUGCUUUAUAUACUGACAUUGGAGGAUAAAUUUUAUAUUAUGUAUUUAGGUA